AUGCCUCUCCCACCCAGGCCCUUAGGAGUCAUGACGCUGGGGUCUGUCACCCCGCGACUGUGGGCAAGUGCUUUCACCAUUGGUCUAUCGUCACUUCUGUUUGGUUACAGCCUGGCAUGCUUGAAUACGGUGAUCACUUGCUCCUCUACGCCUUGCCCAAAGGGCUCAAUCCUUACAAACCUGAAUCUAAGUCUGGAGGAGCAGCAAUUGGCCACUGCCAUGACAAUUAUUGGCGCGAUGCUGGGAGGGCUUUUCGCUUCCUAUCCAAAUGAUCACUUUGGCCGGCGCAAAUCCCUUCUGUUCAACAACAUUUUUUUCCUGAUAGGCGGCGUGCUCACGGCAAUAGCCUCCCUGGACUCCAUCCUCGUCGGCCGCUUCUUGCUCGGACUGGGCACAGGGGUCGAGUCGAUGGUGGCGCCUGUUUUGCUAUCUGAAAUUGCAUCGAACGAAACUCGAGGAGCUAUCACGAGCUUGCAUCAGCUUAACAUCACGCUGGGCAUUCUAAUUAGCAAUUUGAUCGGCUACGGCUUUGUUCCCAACGUGGACGGAGGCUGGCGGUAUGUCCAGCUCUUUGUCGUCUUGCCUGCAGCGCUGCAAGUGCUUCUUUUCUGGUUGGUUCCCGAGUCCCCCCGCUGGUUACUCCGGGCUGACCGUAGAGAAGAUGCCAGGAGUGUUUUAAGCCAUCUUCGGAUAUGCAAGAAGGGCGACGCGGCGGCUCAGGCAGCCGGAGCGGAACUCGUUGAGGCUGAGCUUGUUGCCUUGGAGCAGGAGUUGGGAUCCAGCAUGAAGCAACCCACAGCCGGCUGGAAAGAGACUUUUUCUUACGGUAAAGCGAUGCGGAUCGGAAUGUUGAUGAUGUUUUUUAGCGCCAUGACAGGCAUCAACACGGUUAUUUUCUACUCCACUACCAUUUUCGCGUUGGCGGGAGUGGAAAAUGCCUUUUUGGGCACCGUGCUGGUGGGUAUUUUGAAUGUCAUCAUAACGAUGGUGUCGGGCUACCUUGUAGACAAGGCGGGGCGGAAAGUCCUCUUGACGGGCGGGACCUGGAUCAUGCUCGUCAGCCUCCUUCUUUUGGGCAGCAUCCUGCUGGCGGAUGGCGUGCCCCCAGUCGCGAUCUCGAUUGUGGCCGUCGGAUCUAUGCUCCUCUACGUAUUUGGCUUCGCCAUCGGUAUCGGAGCUGUGCAGUGGGUGGUAGUGGGCGAGGUGGUUCCCACCAAGAUCCGAUCCAAAGCGUACUCGAUCUUUGUCACUAGCAACUGGACCGCAAAUCUUGUCAUCUCCCUCGUUACGCUUUCCCUCAUCGACGCCCUGGGUAAGUCCCUGGCCUCCGCCGGGUCUUCCGUUGAGAAACAGGAGCAGUUGGGUGUGGCUCUUUUGUACAUGUGUUUCGCGGGAAUGUGUGUCUUGUGCUUGCUCUUUCUCUACUUCCUGGUGCCGGAGACGAAGCAUCAGCACGAGGAGAAGGCUGCUCACCACCAUCGUCGCGUCUCCUCCGAGUUCGCAGUGGCUGAUGUUGAUAUCAUCACCGAGGUGGUGCACUGCGUGGAGGCUCACGGAGAGGGCCCAGUCGACGCUCCGGCCGACGCGGCGGGCAAGCAGCCGGUGUCAAUGGUGUAG